AUGUAUAAAAGUAGAGAUACUAGAAGUAGUAGAAUAUCAGACACACUUAGCAUAAGUUCAUUAAGUGAUAUCGAUGAAUUUGUUAAUAAUGGCACACCUAGGGAUGAAGUCAGACGAACGACCAAUUACAACAGUCGUGACAAUUCCUAUGAAACAAGAGAUUCCAGAAGUUUGCAUCCUGAAAACAAGGUUUCUGUGGAUGCAAGUCUAGACCCCUCCGUGUGUGAUUUUCAAGAUUUGGUACACAGUAAUGAGAGACAAGAUUAUAGAGACAAACGAUCUAAUAGUGAUCGUGAAGGUGGAAGAUAUCGAGAUAGGCCAAGUUAUGAAGGUAAAUCUUAUGAUGAUGGAAGAAGGGAAUAUAGAGGAAAGCGAAAAUCCAGCAAUGAUAGGUCAGAAAAAGAUAAAAGACCAGUGUUUGAUAGAUUAGGAUAUGGAGCAACUAAAUCAGAUCACGAAGAAAGAACACAUGAUAAAUGUGAUCAUAAAGAAAGUAGAUCUAGUCGAUUAAGUCGUUUAGAAAAAAUGGUAGAAAAACUAGUGGAAAAUACACUUGAAAAUACAAAACCCACACCUAAAUCAUCAGAUUUUGUCCCCUCACAAGGUACUUCUGUGGAGGUGGUAGGAAGGAGUUUUAAUUUAAUGACAUCUGCUUGGCUCAAUAAAAUUAGUAUUGAUUGUUUAGAGAAAAAUUUUGAUGAUCGUAUGUGUAUAAAUUUUCUACAGUCUAAUUUGUCUGGCUUAAUGAAAGCUUGGUUCAAAACUAUUGAUGCUUUUGAGUUCACUUGGCCAGAACUAAAAAUGUUAAUUAUACAAACUUUUCCAGAUACAGUCGAUUUUGCAAGUACAUUAAGAUUAUUAGUUGACAGACUAAAACAACCUAGUGAAACAAUUACACAAUACUAUUUUUCAAAGAUGUAUUUGGCAGAAGCUUGUAAAAUAUCUGGAAGUAAUGCUGUAUCAUGCUUGAUUGAUGGAUUGAAUGAUCCAGAUCUUCAGAAAUAUGCAAGAGAACAAAAUUUUAUAUCUCCAGAAACAUUUUAUGCUCAAUUUUUGGUGCAAUUACCGAAUUUUGGUAUAGCACAACCUGUCCACGAACCUGUUCACGAACAGGAUGAAUUUCCUGAAAAAGGAAAAAAGAGGAGUUUAGAAGAACGCUUGGACCUACAAAAGUGUUCUAUUUGUGACAAAUACAACCAUACUACAGCAGAUUGUUUUCAUAGAAAAAAAUCACAGAAAUGUUAUAACUGUGGAAAAUUUGGCCAUAUAAGGGCAGAAUGUUAUAAAUAG